AUGUUGUCCAUCCUGAGAAAGGCACGUCUCAAAGACAAGGAGAUGCGGAUCCUGAUGCUAGGCCUUGACAAUGCGGGAAAGACCACAAUUGUCAAGAAGAUUAUGGGUGAAGACGUCAACACUGUGAGCCCAACUUUAGGGUUCAUCAUCAAGACUAUAGAUUACGACGGAACAGGGGAUGUGGGCGGGCAAAAAACACUACGCUCAUACUGGCGAAAUUACUUUGAGAAGACGGAUGCGCUGAUCUGGGUUGUUGAUGCCACAGACCGGCUGAGAAUUGAGGACUGCAGAGAGGAGCUCCACGGUCUGCUGCAAGAAGAGCGACUCUCUGGAGCAAGUUUGCUAGUGUUUGCCAACAAGACCGACGUCAACGGAUGCAUGGACGAGCAGGAAAUUCAUCAAGGGCUGCAAUUGGAGGCGAUCAGAACACAUCGCUGGCACGUCCUGCGAUGCAGUGCCAUGACCGGCGCCAACCUCAAGGAAGGCCUGGCUUGGGUAGUGGACGACGCAAAGAAGAGGCUGUUCCUAUACUAG